ACAUAUCGCCAACCUUGAAAAGUUGAGAUGACGCUAGCCGCACUACGCCUAACGCCAGUAGAGAUGCACUCGGAUAAUAAUUUUUAAUCUUAAAAUUGGUACAAUUGUUGCGCACUGUGCACGCAGUUCCACCAAAAUCAGACAGAUAUGCGCAUAUCAAUUACCAAUGCAGGCUUCAUUAUAAUACGUGUUUACUGUUUAUACACCUUGCCCAAUUUUAGCUACGGCUUCGUCUGCUUAAUGUUUACUGUCGAUACUUUUUCUUGCUGACACUGACAGCAUUAGUCGUAGCAAUAAAUAAGCACAAAAAUUAUCAACAUGGCUGGUAAAAAAUAUGGUUUAAUUUUGCCUAAAGCAAAAGCUGCUUUAUCAGCUCCCAAAGUAGGAAAUGUUUUUGGAAAUGAUGAUGAUUCAGACGCAGAAGAUGGAUCUCAAUCGGUUAAAAAAGCACUGAGAGGUGAAAAUGAAAAAAAUAAGAUGAAGACAAAACAUCAUAUACAGUUACAAAAGGCUUUACAAGUUGAUCCAACAAUUUUUCAAUAUGAUGAAGUUUAUGAUGAAAUAGAAAAAGCAAAAGAAGAAGAAAAAGCACAUUAUAAAGUUGACAACAAACCUAAGUAUAUACAAAACUUACUUAAAAGUGCAGAACUGAGGAAAAAAGAACAGGAGCUGAGAAAAGAUAGGAUAAUUCAAAAAGAAAUUGAAGCAGAAGAUAAUAUGUUCCCAGACAAAGAAAGAUUUGUAACAUCUAGUUACAAAGCUAAAUUGGAAGAAAGCAAAAAAUUUCAAGAAGAUUUGGACUAUAAAGACAAGUUAGAAGCUAUAGCUGAUGUAAGUAAACAAAAAGAUAUGACAGGAUUUUAUAGACAUUUAUAUAGACAAACUGUAGUUAGAAAUGAAGCAGAUUUGGGAAUUCUUCCAAAAAUUAAGGAAGAUAGCAAAAAACAGCUAAACAAAACAAAACUUCAAUUUGAAAUUGACAAAGAUGAUCCAAUACCUUCUGACUCAAAUUCUGAGGAUGAUAGUGAUUUUAAUGAUAAAAAUAGCAAAGUAAAUGUUAAAAAAUCAACUACUUCACAGUUGAAACAAAAAAGACAAUAUAGAAAAAGAGGAGCAUCAAAAUCAGAAUCAGAAGAUGACCAUGAAACUGAUAGUACAAAAGCAGUAAAUGAAUCAAAUGAAACUGAUAGUUCAGAAAUUCACUAUAAAAAACCAAAACUAAACGAUGAUAGCAUAUCAAAUGCGAAUGAAGAUAAACAAACUGAAAGGGACACUACACAAAGUGAUGAAAAACCAAAAGAUAGCUCCAAAAAUAAAGAGAAUGAAAAAUCAGAAACUAUUUCAAACAAAUUGGAAGACAAUCCAGAAGCAAUUGUUGAGAAGCCUAAAAUAAUAGAAAAAAAGAUAAAGAUUGAUAUAUGGAAAAAAAGAUGUGUAGGACCCGCUUUUGAAGCUGCCUGUCAACGAUACUUUGCUAGAAAAGCUGAAAGAUUAGCCAACAAGUCUCCUGCAAUGACUAGUUCAUAAUAUAAAUGAUUGGAUAAUAAUCAAAUUUUACAAUCAAGAUUAUGUAAAUAACUUCAAUAAGACUAUAUUUUUACUAAACAA